UGAUAAUCAACAAAUGAGAAGAAAAGGCUAGGAUCGUCUUAUGGUCAUUUUUUUGCUAUUGAUUUAAAGCUUAUAAAAAAAUUCUUCCAUAAAUGUAUAUUAUAUCAAUGCGAAAGAAGUGAUUACACAAGUGAUGUAUGUUUGCAAUGCCAACAUGUUCUUUAAAGGAGUACUCUGGGCAAAAAAAUAACCACAUCUAAAUAUACGUAUGGAAUAAAUUCCACUAAGCAAAAUGCUGAAAAUUUUAUCAAAAUCGGUUGACAAAUAACAAAGUUAUUGAAUUUAAACUUUAACAAUAUAUUGUGAAAACGGCUAUAUGCACGUCUUCAUUAAUUUUCAUUAGGUGCGCUGAUGAUGUCGCAUCCCCAUUUUCCCUUUUCUUUCGUUCUUACAUGAAUCAUAAUUAUUUCAUUUGUCAUAUAUGUUUGAGUGAUAGUCUCCCUUUUAAUAAAUAAGUUGCACCAACGAAUGUCUAUUGCAUUCAAUCAGUUGUCAAUCUAGUAUUUUUUUACAAACUCUAUCCGUCUACUACUUCUCCCAUUAGACUUCUUAAUGUCUCAAUCUCCGAUCGAUACGUGAAAGCGUUACUUUCUUUUUCCCCUUCUUUAGUCCAUUUGGACCUGCGAUCAGAAUAAUGCAUUUCAACAUAAAAUCGAAAUAAAAAGCUGUGAGUGAAUAUAGAUCUAGUUUGACGCAGAGGUACCAGCUGAACUGUCAUUUGUGAUACCGUAGCUCACAGACGAUCUCGACUCAGAGAGUCGCCAAGUCGAACGGCAUCCCGCCGAAAGAUAGGGGAAGGUUUUCAUUUUGAAAUCGCUUCUGUAACAUUUUAUUUGUUCCUUGGAGAGACUUAAAUCAGAGAAUGAUGGCGAAAUUUCAUUACUCGUAGACCGUAGAUUUUUAAACUCAUAUAAUCGAAAAGUUCCAUAUCUUCUGAGAUGAGAAAGUAAGUUUGCCUUUUACCACUAUGGACGUAAAAUGCGUCUUACGGUGUACCAAGUCUCUUCUUCGUCGUUUGUUCUGAUCGUAAGCCUAUAUUUUAUUUGAGAUUAUGCUUUCAGCUCUGGCUAAGGAAUCCUUAUCUAAAAUGGGUUUCAAAGAAAGACGAGUUAUUCUCCAUCAGGAAGUGUCCGAGCUUCGAUCAGACCUCGAUAACAUUAAAGACGCUCAUCAUCUUGUCAGAAAGGAAAUCAAAGGUAUUCGACGUGCCAUGAAGCUACUCAUUGCAUCCUAUCGUCAGCAAAACCCCGAGGGCAAUAGCAAACCAAAUAGAAAAUUAACCGAACAGAAUCAAAUGAUACGACUUCCAACCGAGUACUCGAGAAAUAUCGAUAUGGAAUCGAUAUGUGGUGACCUACCGAUACUGGAGCCUCUUUCCGAUGACGAUAUUCUAUUUGGCGAACACCAAGAUGCGGAAUUAGAUCUAGAAGAACACGUUGGGCUCUCAUCGUUCCAGCGACGACAAAGCAUACAGUUUGGAUCACCGUCUCCGCCGGAAAAUUUUAUAAGACGAACUAGUCCAACUCGCGCCUCGAUUCAAUUCGGGUCAGAUUUCGGCAUCGUUUCGCCUGGAUUUAUGACGCCCGAAGACAGCCGACCGCCACGGCUUGCCAGUAUGGCAGAAGACGAACAAGAUGAAACCGAUUACACGACCUCCGAACGUGACACACCGGACAGUAUCGCUACGAGUGAAGAUUCGACUAGUCUACCAAAUUCGAAUGAACACUAUGAUCAUCUGUCCCAGCGGCAGCAAAGUGGUCGAUCACGAUUUCUGACGAGACGGAGCACUGUGGACAUGAUCGACGCAGACUCCCUGAGAUGGAGCACCAAGCGGGACUGGGAAGAAAAGCAAUAUAUUAUAGAAUCGAUACAACAGGGAAGACUCAAUCCCGGACGGAAGAGACCACCUCUUCGUCGUCAACACACUCAACCGAAUCUCCUCGGACAUGCAGAAGGACGCGUGAUGAACUCCUCAGUGACUUCAAGGAGAGGUUCUUCAGUCUCUUCAUCGCCGUUAGAUGGUAGAGGUCCAAAGCCGUUACAGAUUCAGGCACUGUCAGGACACAUGUCACCAACCUCUCCGCGAUCGCCGACCUUACCGCGUCAGGGACUCAUCGGUUCACCACUUACCACUCGAAGAGCAUCUGCAGCAGCAGCAGCAGCAGCUGCAGCGGCAUUGACAAAGCACCAUAAUCACCUCAGAAAAAUAUCAGAUGUGGUCUAAGACCCACACACACACACACACACAGACUAAAUCUAUUCAUAUGUGUGAAUACAAUUUCCUUUAAUACAUGAAGAGAAAUAUUUCCCCUGCAUGAAUGUUUAUGUGAUGGGACUGCUAAAAAAAACCGUGGAAUCAUAUGCGAUCAACCUGAGGACUUCCAGAUUUAGGUCACCUCCGAGGGACCUAGUAAUGAUGAUUAAGGACUUCUAACCAAAGCCAAUGAUCUAGAACAUGCUUUAUUCAAGGACCCGAUAUGCGUGACCCAACUAUUUGUUUUACUAAAGACUAUGUCAGAAGCCAUCACAAUUAGGCCAAUCAUUCAAGACUAUACUGCACA